GCACUCUGCCCCGGCUCACCCUCUUUCUAUCUCUUUCCCUUACUCUCUCUUGGUAGGGUUAUGCGUCAGUAACCAAAAGGUGGGGACAUUUCCUGAUGCAUUUGCAACACUGAGAAGUUGUCUUAAGAGAGACUAGACCGCACUGUGAGCACCAGGCCAGGGAAGUCAACACCUGGGGCAGCUGGGCCGCCCUGCUAGGGGAGACGCUCCUCCUCACCCGCUCCCUGCCCCCCCUGCCCCGCCCGGCCUCAGCUGUCCCCUGGCAGUGCUCCCGGCCCCCUGGUUUCCACCUGAUCAUGUCCCUGGCUGAAGCCAUCAGCCUCUGGAAUGAAGGCGUGCUGGCAGCUGACAAGAAGGACUGGAAGGGCGCUCUGGAAGCCUUUGCCGCCGUCCAGGAUCCCCACUCCAGGAUUUGCUUCAACAUGGGCUGCGUGCACACGAUCCUGGAAAACAUGCCGGAGGCGGAGAAGCACCUGAUGAUAAGGAGCCUGGUAGCUUUCCAAGAGUUUCAUGUGUGUCAGCCUUGCCUGCCAGCCUUUACCCAAAGCAUCAACAGAGACAAGCACUUGGCAGUGGCUUACUUCCAACGAGGAAUGCUCUACUACCGGACAGAGAAGUAUGAUUCAGCUAUCAAAGAUCUGAAAGAGGCUUUGACACAGCUUCGAGGGAACCAGCUGAUAGACUACAAGAUCCUGGGGCUGCAGUUCAAGCUGUUUGCCUGCGAGGUGUUAUAUAAUAUUGCUUUCAUGCAUGCCAAAAAGGAGGAAUGGAAAAAGGCUGAAGAACAUUUAGCAUUGGCUAUGAGCAUGAAGUCAGAGCCCAGACAUUCCAAAAUCGACAAAGCCAUGGAAUGUGUCUGGAAGCAGAAGCUGUAUGAGCCGGUGGUGAUCCCCGUGGGCAAGCUGUUUCGACCAAAUGAGAGACAAGUGGCUCAGCUGGCCAAGAAGGAUUACCUGGGCAAGGCUACGGUGGUGGCAUCUGUGGUGGAUCAAGACAGUUUCUCUGGGUUUGCCCCUCUGCAACCACAGGCAGCUGAGCCUCCACCCAGACCCAAAACCCCAGAGAUCUUCAGGGCUCUGGAAGGGGAGGCUCACCGUGUGCUGUUUGGGUUUGUGCCUGAGACACCAGAGGAGCUCCAGGUCAUGCCAGGGAACAUCGUCUUUGUCUUGAAGAAGGGGAAUGAUAACUGGGCCACGGUCAUGUUCAACGGGCAGAAGGGGCUUGUUCCCUGCAACUACCUUGAACCCGUUGAGCUGCGAAUCCAUUCUCAGCAGCAGCUCCAGGAGGAAACCUCUCCAGAGUCGGACAUCCCUGCUCCUCCCGCUUCUAGUGCUCCAGGAAAACCCCAGUUGUUAACAGGUCAGAAACAAAGAGAAAAGCCAAAGGAAGUAAAGCUCAGCGUGCCCAUGCCCUACACACUCAAGGUGCACUACAAGUACACUGUGGUCAUGGAGACUCAGCCCGGGCUGUCCUACCGCCAGGUACUGGAUGCAGUGUCUAAAAAACUGAAGCUCCUGCCGGCACAUACCAGGCUGAGCUACCGGCCUCGGGACAGCAAUGAGCUGGUGCCCCUUUCGGAAAAUACCAUGAAGGCCGCCUGGGGCCAAGUGAAAAACUACUGCCUGACUCUCUGGUGUGAGAACACAGUGGGUGACCAAGGCUUUCCAGAUGAACCCAAGGAAAAUGAAAAACCUGAUGCUAAUAACCAGACAACAGAACCUCAGCUUAAGGAAGGGAGCCAAGUGGUAGCACUCUUCAGUUACGAGGCUACCCAACCAGAGGACCUGGAGUUUCUGGAAGGGGAUGUAAUCCUAGUGCUGUCAGAAGUAAAUGAAGAAUGGCUGGAAGGCGAAUGCAAAGGGAAGGUUGGCAUUUUCCCCAAAGCUUUUGUUGAAGAACACGCAACUCCCAGAGAGGCCUAGGACAUUCCGCGACAUACACCGCUGAAGGACGCACUGUCCUUUGGUAGCAAGCAUUAGCCAUCCUCUGCAGUACAUUGUACUGAGACAUCACGGUUUGAAAAAGCGUUAACCUACUCUCCCGUUAAAAUCUGACCUACUAGACGACAACGUGAGAACCCAGGAUGAUGAUUGCUCCGGGCUGGGGGAUUGAAGCGUCUGGAAGGGGCAUGAUGGGAUCGCCUAGGGUGCUGGUGAUAUGGUCUUUGCUCUGACCUCGCUACACUGGUGUUUACUUUGUUAAAAUUCACUAAGAGUUGUACACUUAUGAUUACGUAUACUUCUCUGUAUGUGUGGUAUCUCAAUAAAAAACCUACAAAAACAAAUAAGGCGCCCAGCGUCCGGGCCCAAGAACUAGGUUUAAGUAUUACAGUUCUGUACCAUUACUAUCACAGACUCCAAGGGCACUGAAGUAACCUGACAUGUAACUCAGAAGGCACACAUACAAAAUUAACUCUUCUUUAUUCAUUUAAGUCCCAUUGCUUAAACAGAACCUAGACUGAGCUAAUUCCCAUGGGAUACAUUCCAUUCCACAGAGAAUUAAAAUACUAGAAUUACAUCCCUUUAUGCCUUCUCAGACAGGAGCAUCUACUAAGAGUUCAAUACUGAAUAGAUGUCUAACACCGACGCAAUGAAAAGGAGCUACUCGUAUCACCGACGCAAUGAAAAGGAGCUACUCGUAUCCUAUUAGUUAGCACUUCACAAUAUGCACUGCACCAAUAGACAUGAUGGAGCCCUAGUGGCGCAGUGGUUAAGACCUACGGCUGCUAACCAAAAGGUCUAACAGUUCGAAUCCACCAGCUGCUCCCUGGAAACCCUAGGAGAUAGUUCUACUGGGUCGCUGAGUCGGAAUCGACUGGACGGCACCUAACAACAAUAAACAUGAUGGAAUGCUAAGGGUUUUUUUUUGUUGUUGUUAUUUUGUCAAAUGACCCAGGUUUUCAGGGUUAACCUGGGUGAAGGAUUCCAUAAAUACUUGACCUUAGGACCUGGCCUUAAUCCCCGCCCCUGGCCCCCUUUUCUUGUAGAGUAUGUACGGCUUUGCUAACAGUUUUUGAAGUGUGUAGGUGCCUGUGGAAGAGUUAGGAAAUGAACUGCAGACAGCACAUUUCUGAGCAGAGCUGUGCCAGCUAACGCCUAGGUGAAAGGACAGCUGUUAAGAGUGGAAACGCAGAUAAGUCAUGACAGGCUGCCAUGGGAAGCUUUGUACGCCCUGGAAGAAAAGUAGACUCAAAGCUAAGAACAAUAAUUACUGUUGCUGUUAACAAGACAGUGAAUUUUAUAGGCCAAAAGGAUAACCAAUCUCUGAAUUGCCUAAUUAACAGCUACAAAGGGAUAAAAAAUGGUGGGCUGUUAACUCCUUUAUAUAAGCUAUUCUUUCUUUAAUAAAUACAAGAGUCUGACAGUUUCUAUCAUGCCUCUCUAUAGUAAUGCCCUCGUUUGGAAUGCUACUAAAAGCAGAUAUAACUCUGAAGCACUUCCACGUUCCAAUCAUCUUGCUUUCCCCUGAGUGACUUUUGAGUGGUUUUCAUUCUUUCUUUGUAAAUUGGAUUUUCAUUGAUACUGUAUUUUUUAGGAUAGGAAAAAAACAAUAUACACAGGUCUGGUUGGAGAGAACAUGGUUUAAUUAAAGGCAAAGCUGAUUUCAGCAGCUGCAGGUCUUGCACAAAGGAAAAGAAGAAGAAGAAAAAAAAAAAACAAAAAGAAAAGGAAAAAAAGAAACCC